UUCAAGUGUAAGUUACAUUAAAUAAAAAACAUUUUAAAAUGAAAUUAUUAAUGCAUAAUAUGCUGUCGUCUAUGGGACUCCAGAAUGUAACUGUUGGCUUUCCACUGAAAAUUGUGGCUAAUGAAGUGAAAGACAUUUCCGUAGAGUUUGACAAGAAGUUCAUGAAAAGGAUUAUUUCGAAAGUGGAUUGGAAUGCAUUACGCGAUACAGCGGCUCAGUUUGGAGUGAAAUUGCCGACUGAGUUACCAAACGGCAACAUAAGCGAUGAACUCCUUAAGCAAAUACAUGGCGCGCUCAUGGAGAUCGAGAUCAUUGAGGGAAAGUUAGUUUGUCCGGAAACCGGACAUGAAUUUCCCAUUAAUAAUGGAAUUCCUAAUAUGUUGAUUUAAAAAAGGCAGAC